GCGGGUGGGUCUUCCUUAAGCACAUGGUCAAAGUCCAGAAUGCCCAGGUUGAGUUCUAUAUCUCCCUUCCAUUUCUUGAAGUUCAGUCCAUUGAGCAAUUCAAUUUGGUUGAUGCUCAUGGGAAAAUGCAUUGCUGGAAAUGGAAGAUCCCACUUUUCUGAAUCAAUAUGAAACGAACUCUCCAGACUACUCAAUCGAAGAUCACAAUUUUCUGUCAUUUUCUUUUAAGAGCUACUCAUCUCACCCAAAUUUUAUUCCUGAUCAUCAAAAUGGCACUGACCAAAGGCCAGAAAAACAGCCCAAGAACAACCACAGUAAUUUGAACACUUGCACUAAUACUAACCUUACAGUUACUGCCCCAACGGCUUCCUCUUUUUUCUCCUCACACCUAAUUUCUUUUGACAACUCCAACUCAUCACCGCCAACCACUUCUCAUGAUCAGCAUUAUGGUAUGCACGGCACUAUUCCAGUGAAGCCAGAGAUGGGUUCUUAUGGAGAAUUAAAUUUGAUUUCCGAAGAUGAUUUCGUUGACCCCCAAACUUGUUUGCCAAAACAUAGACAAGGGAUCAAGAGGGCUGCUAUUAGAAGUCCUUUACAUGCUCAAGAGCACGUAAUCGCUGAGAAAAAGCGUCGAGAAAAUCUCAGCAAGCGGUUCAUUGCUCUAUCAGCCCUUCUACCAAGCCUAAAAAAGAUCAAUAAAGCUUCAGUGCUUGAAGAGGCCACAAAAUACGUGAAACAUCUUCAAGAACGUAUGGUGAUACUGGAGGAACAAGCAGCGAAGAAAACAGUGCAAUCGGUGGUGUUAGUGAGGAGAACUCAGUACUCAUCAGGGGAUGAUGAUGAUAAGUCUUACUCUGAUGAGAGCUUUGGUAGAUGCUCUGACCGGCGACUCCCUGAAAUUGAAGCCAGAUUUUUGGACAGAGAGGUUCUCAUACGAAUCCACUGUGAGAAAAAGAAAGGAUGUUUGGCAAUCAUAUUAAGUGAAAUAGAGACUCUUGAUCUCACCAUUGUUAAUAGCAGUAUCUUGCCCUUUGGCAAUUCAACUAUUGAUAUUACUGUCGUUUCUCAGAUGGAUGUCGAGUUCAGCAUGACGGUGACGGAUCUUGUAAGAAUUCUAAAACAGGCUUUGCUCAUAUUGGUGUGACUGCAGAAUGAUCAGUCCCUAUUGUGCCUUAAUGACAGUUUUCUUGUGCAUGAGUUUUUAGUUAGUUUUUACCUUAUGGCUUGUUUGUUAUGAGGACCAGCCUUUUGAAGGAUGCAAAGCCCUUUGUACUUGCGUCAGUACGUACGUCUCUCCAGAAACUAUCGUGCUACAUGUAUGUGAAGACCUAGUUGUAAGAUUGUAUGAUCUCGGAUCACCAUGUUGGGUGGUCUAAGCUAA